UCUACUGGAUUGUUAUGCUGCACUGCAAUCGGUUUGCCUCCAGUAAUCUGAGCUAAAGUAAAUGAAAGAGGACAAAUCGAACUGACUCUAGAACAGAAACUACACUUAGAAGUGGUUUUAUAUUUUCCGGUUGUCAACACGGAACUAGAUGCCACGGUGUCGUGUACUUAUUGCGGGCUUGCGAUUGUAAGUUACAGUAACGUUACGUAUUUAAAUGUGUUGUGUUAGUCUACUGUUGACCACGUUUGGUUCUUAUUAACGUCACGCUCAUGUGUUGUAAAUAUCCAACAUGAUGUCUGAGGGUUGUUCGUUCAUGAAAGGUAUGUUCCUAGGGGGCAUCUUUUGUCUGUUCAUGUCUAUGUUUGGCACCUUUACUCCAGGACCCCAGGGUGACAGUCAUCAACACCAUCAUCUUAAACCUGUUAGCAAAGAUGAACUUCAAAAGUUAUCCGAGGCCCAGAUGUACGACCUCACCCAACAGGUUCGAGUGUUCUGUCUCAUUAUGGUGACCCCGAAGCUCCUUGUUUAUUGGGCGACGGCCAAUGAUACCUGGAGCAAACACUGUGACAAGUCUAUGUUCUACACCUCAGAGUCUUCCAAAGCUCUAGAGGCAUAUGACCUACAGGAGGCGGAUGAGUGGGCUAGAUUACGCAAAGCCAUCACACACGCCUAUGAGAAUGCUGGAGACCUGCGCUGGUUCUUCGUGGCCCAGCCCACCACUUUUGCAAUUAUUGAAAACCUGAAGUAUUUGGUAUUAGAGAAAGACCCGAGCCAGCCCUUUUACAUUGGCCGCACUGAAAAAUCUGGAGAGCUGGAGUAUGUGGAAUAUGAAGGUGGGAUUGUGUUGAGCUAUGAUGCGAUGAAGAGGCUGGUGGAGGUAUUCAAAGAUGAGGAGAAAUGUCCAGCGCGAGGCCAUGCCUUGUGGAAGAUGUCGGAAGAGAAGCAGCUCGCCACAUGUUUGAAAUACAGCGGGGUGUUUGCCGAAAACGGCGAGGAUGCACAAGGCAAAUCGCUUUUUAACAAGAAAAGCGUUACCUCUAUGAUCUCUGACAGCAUGAGCAAAAACCCAAAUGAUGUCGUGGAGUCCUGUUGUUCUGAUUUGGCGAUCACCUUUGGUGGCAUGGCUGCGGGCCAGAUGCAGGUCAUGAUGUAUGGUGUCUACAGACUUCGUCCGUAUGGACACGACUUUCACGAUUCUUUGACAUUUUUGCCUCCUAAAGACUCAGACAAUGACUGAUUCAAUUUAUGAUUCGGUGUUUACUGUGUAACACAGGGUUCAAAGAAUGUUGAUCUUAAUGGGUCAUUUUUACACUAGGUGCAGGGCUAAAGAUUUGCAGUAUGUACUUUAUUUUGUAUUAUGUGCUUUGAAGGUGGGUGCAGGUAUAUAGAGGUUUUUUUUCUGGGUUCUGGCUAGAUCAAAACCUAAUCACUAUUACCAAAAUCAGAAGGAAAAUGGAAGUUGUUAAAUUAAACAUAAGGGGUUAAAAACAGAUCAUUUUGAGUACUUGGUUUGAACACUGAACGAAAAUGCAUCCUUGGUUUUAAGAUAAAUUUGCAGUAUGAUGCAAAGUGAAAUGUUUUAGAUGCGUAAUUUAUGCACAAAAACAUGGAACUUGCAUUUACCCAUUAAAAAUGUAUUAAAUGACAAACUGGAAGUUGUUGCUGCUGUAUGACAGGAGCCCUUUGAUCCAGCUAUGUGUAAUUUUUUUUUAAUUUUUGAUAGUGAAAUCGAAAGAAAGACAGUCCAAAGAUAUAGGCCUUUGUUAAGACAAAUGCCUUGUUUUUACGGGCUUGCCGCAUCAUUCACAUCAUCUGUUUUUGUAUGGAAGUGUACUUUAUUGAAGUUUAGAGGAGUUCUUGUACCACACACAGCACAGCAUUUACACUGUAUGAACUAGCAAAAAUUUGGAAUUAAAUUUCAUUUUUUUGAGUCACUGUCUAUUUACAUUACAAGUUCAUAAUUAAUAGUUCUCAUUAGGGUUACCUUUGAAAUGAAGUAUUUACAUUUUUAUAUUGGCGAAUGCUAUGUAGCAGAGCUUCCCCAAAAAACGUUUCCAAAGGUUCUGGGCCCCAAAAUUCUGCUGAAGUCAUGGAUGUCCUUGUAUGAAUUGUGUGAUUUAUUUUUGGGUGAUACAUUUACUAUGCUAUAAUUACUACAUUAUAGAACCAUUUAUUUCAGUUCACUAUGGUACAUCCCUUGUCAAAAAACAAUUAAUUUAAAAUGCAUUUAUUUCAUGUUUAGUAUAGUUUAAAUGUGUUAACAUAUUUACUGACAUGACAUUCUGAAAUACAAUUAUAAUUAAUGUUAUUUGAAGAACUAUUUAUACACAAUUCACAUUUCUUCAUAUUAAGCCUGUGUUUGAAUAAAAAUGUGUUCUCAUGUCACUUUUGAUAAGGAUUUUAUCUUCUUUUUUUUUUAAAUAAAAUCAAUCUCAAUCGAUGCAAGAUA